CGGUAGGCGUGGCCUCCGGGCAGCGGAGACGGAGACGGCGACGGAGACGGAGACGGCGGAGGCGAGCCGCAGGUGAGAAGAGAGAAGCGGAAACGGCCAGGCACGUAAACGGCCGAGCUACCGACAGACGACGACGCGCGCUCCACGCGAGACCGUGCGCGUACCCUCCUCGGCCAGACCGAGGUCAGUCAGGGUCCUGCUCUUCGACAGGACACUCGAGAGAGAGCAUCUCUUCCUGCGAGUCGAGCACCGAGCAUCGAGCACAUCGGACAGCUGUCAGCCAGCCAGCCUGCCGCCGCCGUCGCAUCUUCUUCCUCGCUUUCGACCCGUCUCGUCGCUGCUCCGCCGACCCGUUGGAUCACGCCACGAGCCUGCGGACUCGCGCGUUCGAACACCGACUCGAAUUAUCGUCUCGAAUCGUUCGAAAUCCCCGAUUCCUCGGGGCCGCGUCCCCGCGGGACCCGCCGUCCUAGAUCGCGCGGCCAGCGGGAGACACCGCGGAUCGUCCCGCGACUCCUCGCGAGAUCUCUGCCCGACCGGAGCAACGAACCGAACGGGUUUUCGACACGUGCGCCCACGGGGACCCAGCCUGGCCGCCGCGACCUUGGCGAACCACGUGGAGAACAGCGCGCCGAACAGAUCGCCGGCGACACGGCCGUCGAUCGCGCGACCCACCAGUGAACGGAGGACCCGACCCGGCCCGACCCGGACCGCUCUGUGUAAUCGAUCGAUCGAUCGAUCGAUCAGUUGUGUUGCUCAAGGAAUUUGUGUUGCCCAAGACCACCCGGCCUAGGUCUAGUGUCCGUAUCAACGCCGAAGAGACUUACCGUGGAGUUACUCUUCCCCGGUGGAGCAACUGGCCCUCUCCAUGAACUGGCCGAAGAUUUAACACCAACGAUCGAGCAACCAGUUUGGACGCAAUGUGCGAAGCGGUGCCACGGACUUGGUACAUGAAACCAGAACUUCAUUGCGUCGGGGUUGGAGUUCCGGCGGGCGCGCUGUCACCCCCUGCCACGUUGUCGCCGCCCAGCAGCCCCAGCGUGACUCUGCCUCCAUCGCCUUGGAGCCCUGGCGCGACAGGAAACGGCUCGAACACCACCGCAUCCUCCAAUCCGUCCUCGAUCUGCUCGUCGGGCAUCAAUCAGCCGGCAUCGGACCGAUUCAGCGCGUUCACUCUCGUCUCGACGUACAAUCCCGAGACGAGAUUGCACACCCUGCCACCGACAACCACCACCGCUACACAAGAAUUACGGUGCGGUCUAAUGUACGGGGGUUAUGGUUCGACGGGAGCGACCUGGUGGGCUCGACACGUGAGCCUCUUGUUACCCCAUUCCCUACUACCACCCCCGAGAAUUCCCAUCCAACAAACCACACCAAUUACCAAUUGCUCACCCAUUCAUCUGGAACCUCUCAGCCCGUCCAGGCCCGGAUCGCCGCGUGGAUGCACGCCGGAAAAGGCUAAAUUCGAAGACGAAGCGCCGCUGAAUCUGAGCACGAAGCCCGGCGAUGUCUCGAGCGCAGAGGGCAAGAGUAAGAUUUGGUCGCCCGGGACUGUGUGCGAGAGGGAGGCGAAGGAGACCAGGGUGCCCACCUCGAAGAGCCCUUCUGUGACGCCCGUCGUCGCGCGACAAGUGCAUCAUCACUCGCCGCUGACACCGCCUUCAUCAUCCGAAAGAACUUUCCAGUGCAAACAAUGCGGGAAAGCAUUCAAGCGCUCGAGCACGCUCAGCACCCACCUUUUGAUUCAUUCGGACACCAGACCGUACCCCUGCCAAUACUGCGGGAAACGGUUCCAUCAGAAGUCCGAUAUGAAGAAGCAUACGUACAUUCAUACCGGCGAGAAGCCUCACAAAUGCGUGGUGUGCGGCAAGGCGUUUUCCCAAAGCAGCAACCUGAUCACCCACAUGCGAAAGCAUACGGGGUACAAACCGUUCCAGUGCGGCCUCUGCGACAAAGCGUUCCAAAGGAAGGUGGACCUGCGGAGGCACCGGGAAGGCCAGCAUCCAGCGGCCCCGGCUCUGGACUACCGUUCCCUCCAGCUCCCCGCGCAGCCGAACGUCCACUCGCCCCCCAUCCAGCCACCGUCCGCAUAUCAUAUGAUACCGAUACCCGGCAACAGUUGAGAUCUAUCGACGGCCGUCGUCGUCCGACCGCAGUCGCCGCCGGCGUCGCUGCUUCGGCUUUUCCGUCGGGUCUCCUUCGGGCCGAUCGCCGCGCCGUCCACGAUCCGCACGAGGUACAACGAACGAAGAGGGGGAAUGGGGGACAAACGGUAACCGCGGUACACGCUCGCGAACUUUGUAGUACGUACAUAUGUACUUCUCGUAUCGAUCGGCGGUGCCGACCGUUUAUCGCAGGUGUGAAACUUGCGGCGUUAGGCUGGCCGUCGUGGAAAUCGGGACAGAGUUGUGCCGAUUCGGUUACAUUCGUGUUCGUGUUACAUUGCAUGUAUGUAAUUCGAUUAAGUGGUACGAACCUUUCGGACGGUUGUAUUAGUAUUUUGGCCGCGGGUGUUGUUUGCAUGCGAUGCAACUCGGAAUUACGAUGUAAUUGGUGUUACGAUAUAAUAGAAUUACGAUGUAAUGGAAUUAC